AUGACUGUAUGUAUGUAUAAGCCAACGAGAAAGAGAGAGAGACAGAGUGAAUAGGAGAGGAAUUUUUUCACUCGGGCACUCAAAUCGUAGAAUGUCGGAGGACUCGUUAAUUCCGACCGCAGAAUGCUAAUGACUGGCAAUUAAUAGUGGCUCAACAUUUGCAUAAUUCGUGGGGACCUGCCUUGAGAGAGAGAAAGAGAGAAGAACGGGAUAAAACAGAUCGACAUGUUAUUGUUUCGAGAAGACAAUACGAAAUGCUAAUCUCGGAAUAUUCAGUGUGCGUGUGUUCGCCGUGGCUGAUGCACAUAUCAUAACGAUAUAUAUACUACUUACUAGACAACCUAUUAUAUAGAAAGCACGUGCUGGUGUAUAUUACAGUCUGCUACUGACCAUUCCAAUCGCUUCAUAACCUUCCUAUAGGACACCCAUAGUAUAUCAUCAGCGAUGAACCUUUCGACAGUAUAUACCCUCUGUCUCUACUUCCUUGGGAUUUUACUAAAACACACAACAGGGCUGAAUUGUGAUUGUACGACCCAAGAAUGCAUGGAUCAAAAGACCCGGACAUGCUCGGGCAUGUGGUGCUACAGCGAAACUUAUAAUGGAUACGUAGAGACCGGAUGUUUGGAUCAGCGGCAGCCAUUAUUGUGUGAGAACAGACUGUCCUCCAAACUUCCGCAACACCGAAUCUCUCACUGUUGUAACGACAGGGAUUUCUGUAACAAAAAUGUAGUGCCAACUCCGGCUCCACCACGAAACAUUCACGAGGUAAUUGAAGUAGACGAACCAGAAGAUCCAAAAUAUGACAACGCAAUAUUAAAUGACGUCUUAUCAAAUAAAAAUGAUGACGUAAACUUGUUAAAGCAUGAUGCAGAUCAUACGGACUGCCCAUGCGCAUUAAAUGGACCAAGUAAAGACAAUUCCAAAAUGUUGAACCCGAUCUACAUUGCGGUUCCGGUUGCAGGAGUUUGCGUACUCUUGGCUUUAGUCAUUUUUGCCAUGUACUUACUGCGCAGGCGCACUGAUUAUUACGAGAGGUAUAACUAUCCUCGAAAUGUGACAGUUCCGCCAUGUCACAUGAUCAGCGGUGCCAAGCAAAAUUCAUCUCCAUGUAAGAUAAACAGAUGCACAGACAGUGAAAGGUCGUCUGCAAGCAGUGAAACAAGACUGUUCCUAUAGAAAAAAAACGGGUCAAAUAAGCAACACCUAGUGGGAACAUGUUGUUCUAUUCAGCAAACACUCGGAUGACGUUGGAUAUGACGUCAUGUUGGCUUCACAAGACUUAUCAAAAACCCAGAGGAUAUUCAGAUUAUGCGUUUGCUAAUGUGUAUUUGACUGAGGAGCAUCCUAUGGAAGGAAAUAAAGAGUCUCUAGCUCGGCAGGAAAGGAAAUUCUCAUGAUUUAAGGAUCUCGAUGUGAAAGUGACGUCAUUUUCAUUUCUAAUCAGUCAAAAACAUGAUCAUAUGACUUAUAACGAUUUUGUUUUUGUAUUAACACGUUACGCAUUGGUACAAAAUGUUAUGUUAAAUGACGUGGGAGCUUGUGUCCUGUGUAUAUGUGCUAUUUAUGUUUGUGAGUAUAUGUAUUGAGAAAUGUUUGGAGUACAAAUCUAAUCUAAAAGGGAUUUUUUCUGUAUAUCAUUAUUACAUGGUAUGGAUGCGAUAUGCGGCUGGUGCUAUGUUUUUUUUUUAUAUUAUAAAUCUGUAAAUGUCGUAUGAAACCUUGCGAAGCGUGAUUGUGCGUGAUCAGAUUAGGAGGCGCAAUCCUCUGCAUUGUUACCUGAAUGAAAGACUGCCUCGUUUUCAUCCCGCUUUGAAUCUCAUUCAUUACUUGAGUGCCAAAUGCAUCCUCUUCAGUCUAAAUAUUUAAUAACAAUUGAUUUUAGCGUGCUUGAAGUAACAUGAUAAUUGAAUCACAAAAUUCAAGCCCUAGGGAUCUUGAAAAGAAGGAAGAAUCACGUUUUGUCUCAGUUUUGCAUUAGAAAAAAGUGCGCGGCUGAGAAUUAUAGUGCGCUCGUCUUACUUUCAUGCCUUAGGUCAAGUUGGAAAGACAAAGCAAAAUCCAUGACAGAAUAAAUCUCCUAACUUGAAGUUAAAAUUAUUUAAUAAUUACCAUUUUUUAUGUGUCUUUCGUAACUGUCUUGCCUUUGGUAUGUCAAAAUACCCACUACAUGUUCAUGAAAUAGGCGAAAAUAUGUUAUAUAGAUUGUAUUUGAAUUUUAAAUGUUGCCAUAGCAUUUUGAAUAUUAUACCGUAUGUGUAAACUGAACCGAUCCGAGCUCAUUAAUAAAAGUUUAACUACCAAAUACCCAUUAAACUACUCAGGUCAAGGAUGCAUCAAAAACAUUCAUAUUGAUGUAAUUAGUGUUGUCUUUUGAUUCUAUGAAUCUGCAUUAUGUAUCAUCAUCAUGAGGGUGGGAAAUGUAAGAGCAUUGUGAGUGUUCGAAGCUUUUGCAGCAACAGCCCUGGUUAAUGAAUGAAUGUUAUUUUUUAUCUAUGGAAAGCCUUGUUGGUCACAAAAGAAAUGUUAUUUGAAAAUAAAAACUAUGUAAAUAACGA